AUGAGUUUAUUUUACAAACAUUUGAGUAUAUUUGUUGCAAAAAAUCCAUUUAUUGUUAUAUUUGUUACACUAAUUACAAUUUUACCUAUUUGUAGUUACUAUAUUUUUUUGCCUUUUACCUUCAAAACUGAUAUUAGAAGAGGAUUUGCUCAUAGAAAUGGUGAAGCAAAAUAUGAAUUUAAGGUUCUUGGUGAUUUUUAUAAUUUAUCUGUGGAUAAUAUAGAAAUUGUUGCACUUAUUAUUAAAGGAAAAAAUCAAACAAGAUUACCAAUUACAUUUAAAGUUUUAUCUGAAAUUGAAAGACUUGAUCAUUUUAUACAAAAUAAUACAUUUACAUAUAAUAAUGAAACAAUCAAAUUAAAAGAUAUUUAUUCUCCAAGAGGAACAUUUAAUUUUUUAUUUGAUGCAUUUAAAAUGGGAUAUGAAAUGCAAAAGUUAAAUUAUGAUGUGUCAUUGACAUUAUCAAAUAAUAUUAAUUUAUCAUAUCCAAAUUCAUAUAUUUUUGGGCACAAAGUUUUUUUAGGAUCUCAUUUUUUUGGUGUAAAUUUAUAUAAUGAUUCAUUAAAUUCACAUAUAUCAUCUAUUAAAGAUGUUGAUAUGUGUUCUCUUUGGUAUAUGCUUCAUCCAAAUACUAAAAAUCAGUAUAAAAUGAUGAUAAAUAUUGAAAAAAAUCUUUUUGAAUAUUUUAAAUUAGAUAAUUUUUCUAAUAUACUUAAUGUACAAAUUUAUGGUGAUGAGAUUGCAAAUUUGGAAAUGCUUCGUGGUAGUAUAAAUACAACAAAAAUGUUAAUUUUUGGUAUAACAGGAAUGAUAAUAUAUAUGUUUUAUGUUUUCCGUGAUAUACCAUAUUUAUCACAAAUAAUUUUAUUAAUUGGUGCAUUAUCAAGUCCAGGAUUAGCAUCACUUAUAUCAUUUUCAUUUAUAGGAUGGUUUGGUAUUUCAAUAAAUAGUAUGAUGUCAAUUACACCAUUCUUAGUUCUUGGUAUAGGUGUUGAUGAUGCUUUUUUAAUAUAUCAUUGUUGGCAAAAACAUUCAAUGAUUAAAAAUAAUAUAAAAAGAUUUAGUACAGUGAUACAAGAAGCUGGACCAUCAAUGACAAUAACAUCAAUAACAAAUACACUUGCUUUUAGUAUUGGAAUUACAUCACCAUCAUCACAAAUGAGUGAAUUUUGUAUAUGUACAGCUGUAGCAGUAUUUGCUGAUUUUAUUUUAGAAUUUACAAUAUUUGCACCAUUAUUUUUAAUUUUAAAUACAAAUAAAAAAAAUAAUAAUAAUAAAGAAAAUAAUCAAAAUGAAAUAUUUAUUAAAAAAGAAAAAUAUUAUUGGUCAUCAUAUACAAAUUUUGUUAUAUCAAUUCAAGGAAAAAUAAUUGUAAUAUUUAUUUUAAUUAUAAUGUAUAUAUUAGCUGGAAUUGGUAUGAAUGGUAUGGAAUCAACAUUUCAACCAAGAAAAACAUUUCCUCAAGAUUCUGAAUUAAUUAAUGUUUUUGAAAAUUUAGAUGAAAUUUAUAGUGAAUAUGCACCAGUUACAUUAAUGGUUCAUUCACCACCAAAUAUUACAAAUAAAGAAUCAAGUAGAAAAUUUAUGGAAAUGAUUGAAAAAUUAGAAGAAUUUCCUGAAUCAUGGUCAAAAGAACGUUCAUAUGUUUGGUUAAGAGAUUAUGAGGAAUAUUUUAAUAAAAAUAUAAAAAAUUCAUCAAAAAUAUUAUCAUAUGAACUGGUACCAAAAUUUUUAAAUGAAAAUUAUAUGAAUGAUAAAAGUGUUGUAAAAUAUACAAUUGAUAAUAAUGGAAAUGUAAAACUAAAUGCUUUUGUAAUUGUAAUAAUAAAUCAUCAAAAAAGAAGUUGGCAUGAAAGAGCAUAUCUUUUAAGUAGAGUAAGAAAUUUAAUUAAUAAAUAUCCAGAAUAUAAUGUAACAGCAUAUGAUUAUGAUGCAACAAUAUUUGAUUUAAUAAUAACAGUACCAGAAGAAAUGCUUAAAGCUGUCUUAUUAACAAUUGGAUGCAUGUCUAUUGUUUGUUUUUUUGUUGUACCAGAUAUAAUAAUUACUUCUGUUGCCAUUAUUUCUGUUACAUCAAUUGCUUUAACAUUAAUUGGAAUAUUAGGAUUAUUAGGACAAGAUUUAGAUAUUGUUAUUAUGGUUAACAUUUUAAUGGCAAUUGGUUUUGCAGUCGAUUAUGCGGCACAUAUUUCAUUUCAUUAUUAUAAGCUUAAAGUAAAAUUAAGAAAUGAUAUAAAAUAUUCAAAAAUUAGUAAUGAACAUCAAUUAAUAAUAUUAUCAAAGGCUUUUAGUUAUGUAGGAAUGCCAAUGAUUGAAGCAGCUUUAUCAACAAUUAUAUGUAUGUUUCCAUUAUUUUUAAUUCAUGUUCCAAUUGUCAAAACAUUUGCACAAACGGUUUGCUUAGUAUCUAUUAUUGGAACAAUUCAUGGUCUCUUAAUAACUCCUUCUCUUUUAACAAUAAAUUUUUUUCAAAAUUAUGAUAAAAACAAACAAAAUUAUAUGACUGUUUCAUCACAUUUAAAGUUACUAACAACAGAAGAUGAGAAAAGUAACAAUAUUAAUAUAAAUGAAAAAACUGUAAAUACAGAUAUUAAAAACAACAAAGAAACAUUACAAAAUGUCAUCUCUUGA